AUGAUUACCUUAACUCCUGAUUAUGCACAAGCUAAUGGGCAAGUGGAGGCAGCAAAUAAGAUCUUGAUAAGUUUGAUCAAGAAGCAUAUCGGGAAUAAACCCCGAACGUGGCAUGAGACUUUAAGCCAAGUGUUGUGGGUUUAUCGAAAUUCGCCAAGGGGGUCAACAAGUACUUCGCCCUAUAAACUGGUUUAUGGCCAUGAUGCAGUGCUACCAAUAGAGGUUAAUUUGAAUACUUUGAGAGUAUCCAAACAGAAUGAUUUACCAGUUGAUGACUGCUGGAAUGCGAUGUUUGAUGAGUUGAAUGAAUUGGAUUCAGAGUGA